AAAAUAACGAGAUCAAGACAAUCAAACAUCAUUAUGGUUCUGUAUUUCACAUCUAAUGUUGUGAGUCCACCGGCCCUGAUCUUCAUGGGCAAGGAUAAGUAUGAAAACGAGGACCUAAUUAAGCAUGGAUUUGAGGAAGACGUGUGGUUCCACGUCGAUAAGCUCUCGAGUGCACACGUCUACCUGCGACUGGGACCUGACCAGACCUGGGAUAACAUUCCCGAGAGACUCUUGGCUGAUUUGGCACAGCUUGUGAAGGCCAAUUCAAUCGAGGGGAACAAGAGAAAUAAUCUCACAAUCAUCUAUACUCCAUGGUCCAACCUCAAAAAGACUGGCGAUAUGGAUGUAGGUCAAGUCAGUUUUAAAAAGAACAAUCUAGUUAAGCGCGUCCAUGUGGCAGAAAGGAUUAAUGAGAUCGUCAACCGGCUCAACAAGACCAAGGUUGAGCGGUUUCCAGACCUGGCACAAGAGAAGAUGAAUCAUGAAAGGACUCUUCGUAAACAGCAACGACUGAAAGAUCAGGAACGGCAACAGCAAGAACAUGAACAAAUUCAAAAGUUGAAAGAAAAAGCAUCAGAGCGGUCAUAUGCGUCUAUCUUUGAAAACGCAGAUAUGACGGGCACAUCCAAUUACAGGAAUAUGGAUCAUGAUGGUGAUGUAGAGGCCUUUGAAGAAGAUUUCAUGUAGAAAAUAAA